AUGUACCAUUUUGGGGUCAAGCGGAAGCGCAGCCCUUUGCGCAGCCCAAAGUACAACCGCGAGAGCCGCGUGCUGAAGAUACAAGGAGCUGGUCGUGUGGAAGUGGAGAUGCAGAACGACGAGGGCAGGAUCGUUGACCUCUAUUUGCCACGAAAGACCAUGCCCCAGCGCGAACGUGCCGCGCGCGGCCAAGCGGAGGAAGCUAGCUCGGAGCCAAGUGUGCGCCAGCGGCCAGUGGUCAUGAUCAGCGCGGGUGUCUAUUCUGAAAUUUCGAGGAAGUCCGACCAGGAAAGCUUGGUUGAUCCAGGGAACUUGAGCCGGCAAUGCACAGAGAUAGAUGAGAUUGCCAAUCGAACGCGCUUGGACCAGGCUCUGAUUGAAGCAGCUUUGAGGGAUGCUGUUCAGGAAUGUACCUUUUGUGUUUCGAUAGCCGAUCCUCAGCGCGAACAUUGUCCUCUCAUUGCGGUGUCCGACGAGUUUCUGACGAUGACGGGAUACCUCCGAGAGGAGGUCGUGGGUAAGAACUGCAGAUUCCUCAAUCGCAAUUGCUACUUGGAGUCAAGCACUGUGAACGGCCUGCGCCACGCAUGCAACACCGGUGAUGCUUUCACCGGUGUCAUCCUCAACCGGCGAAAGUCAGGUGAACUUUUCAUGAACUUGAUCAAUCUGCAAGGGCUGGUGAUCGCCCGUAACCCGCGGGGAGAUGCCCUGUGGUUUCUCGUUGGAAUCCAAGCCGAUGUGACUCAUGUAUCCUCGGAGAAACUGCCACAGCAGCUGCCAAAACUACAUGAAGCUGCGCAAAUGAUCAGACAGAAGUUGACCUCUGAACUGACCACGUUGGUGGUCGCAAGUGCAAUGGUUGCAGAGACCGCCAUUGUGCAACCGGGUACUUCUUGGUGGCUGUUACCAGAUCCCAUCUAUACUGCACAGGAGAGUGCUGCUGUCCCCUUGCGACAAAUGCUUUUUGACACGGUGCUGGAGUCGGACUUAACCGGAAGCACUGAUGUAUCCGACAAUGAGCUGGAGUCGUUCAGGUUCAGGAUUGAGAGCUCUUCAGAGAGACUUUCCAGCUUUGCCCGUCAGCAGUCCCAGCAAGUUGAAUCUUUGCUUCCAGAAGCAAUGGCCUCCACUUGUAUAGAUGAGGCCCUACGUGCCGCUGUGCAGGACUGCAACUUUUGUGUCAGCAUUGGUGACCCUCGCGCAGAUGACUGCCCAUUGGUGGCGGUUUCAGAUGAAUUCGAGGUGUUGACAGGGUACUCGAGGGAGGAAAUCAUUGGCAAGAACUGCCGCUUCCUGGGCCGAAACUGUCAACUAGGACAAAAGGACCAGCGUGCCUUGCGGGAGGCAUGCUUAAAUGGAAGGCCAUUCAGCAAGAUCAUUGUGAACAGGAGGAAGUCCGGGGAUUUGUUCUUGAACUUCCUUGACUUGCGUGGAGUGACCGUGGCCAAGAAUCUAAAGACAAGGGAAGCACUAUGGUUUGUGGUGGGCAUUCAAGCGGAUGUGACUCACUUUCAAGGCAACCUUCCAAAGAAUCACCUCGAGAGCAUUCACCACGUUGCUUCAAGCAUUCGUGCACAUCUGGCCAACCAGCUGUCGCUCAUGGCAUUGGCCGGGAGCUCCACUGCUGGAUGCCUGAGCUGCGCGUCUGCAGAGGUGCUUUGGGUCCCAGAUUCACCUCGUUGGAUGGAGAGUGACAAAGAAGGGAAGGCCCCGGACAAGAUGCCGUUGAGGCCAACCUCGGGUCGAUGCAAGGCCUCCCAAAGCUAUCAAUCUUCCGAGAGGUAUGCCUCAAAGGCGGGAGACACUGGAGGCUUAAAGCUUGCCCUCAAGGAGAUCUGGCACCUGCCACACUUUCUGGAACUGGUCAUGAAACAUCUGGAGAAUGACUGCUGGUUUUGGAACCGUGGCAGUCUUUCUUGA